AUGGCUUCCCAAACUCCCCCAAAAUACGAAGAAACAAACCCCGCAAGUACAAGUACGACCGCCACUUACCCUCCACAAUCCCAGAACUGGGGUAACAUCCAGGACAUCAUAGAUUCCUCGACCUCGGGUAUAGCUCAAGUGACCCGUCGCGUUACAGGCGCAGGCGACUACUUCCGUAACACAAUCCUCGCCAAUGUCGAACGUCUAGCUGGCGAUGCAGCCUUAGCAGACGAAAAGGAAAGAUUGGCAAGAACAGGGUAUCAACAGAUGAGAGGACGACCGGAGGAGCAUACGCAUACUCCACCUAUCUCAGAAUACUAUGCACCGCAUAAUGUACAAGCAAACCAACAGCAUGGAACAACGACGGGCUCGACUGUACCACCUGGGUAUGUCGAACCCGCGAAACCGGGUUAUAAGAAUUAA